AUGGCCUCGCCAACCCCAGAGAACGGCCCUGGGCACCAGUUUCCCCUCGACCCCUCGGAAUUCGACAACGACCCCCGGAUCUCAUUCUCGAAGCUCGAUGAAAAGUUUAUCCUUGAGACAGAUGAUGGACAGGAGUUUGUGUUUGACACGGCUCUCAAAAGAUGGGUCCAGACGGUCGAUGAAGAGCUACUCCGCCAGCAGCAAGAAGCAUACAAAGUGGAUGGAAUAGAGGACGAAGAGGUUCACCCUCGCGAUAGAAAGAAGCGAAAGCAACAAGAUGACGAAAACACGCAAAAGCCGAAGAAACAGCGGGUAAACACCGCGUUAUUCAUUUCGUCUAUUCCCCUCGAUGUCGAACUCGAUGAGAUCAGAGAUGUCUUCUCCAAGUGCGGUGUCAUUGCCGAGGAAAUCGAUAGUGGUCGCCCACGAAUCAAAAUGUAUAUGGAUGAAGAGGGAAAAUUCAAGGGUGAAGCGCUGGUCGUGUAUUUCCGUCCUGAGUCGGUCAAUCUGGCGAUCCAGAUGCUGGAUGAGACAGACUUCCGACUAGGUGAGCCCGGACCACAUGGCCCCAUGAAAAUCCAGCCUGCAGACUUCUCGUAUAAAGCCCAGCAGGAUGCACCGCCAAAGACAAAUAUGCGGGAUAAGAAGAAGAUUAUUGCUCGGACGGCAAGACUGAACAGUAAAUUGGCGGAUUGGGAUGAUGAUGACCCUUCAACCCUUCCAGAGACAAAGUCCAAGCAAGACAAAAUCGUGAUUUUGAAGCAUAUGUUUACUUUGCAGGAAUUGCAGGAGGACGUUGCCGCCAUUCUGGAUAUCAAGGAAGAUAUCCGUGAUGAGUGUGCCAAGGUCGGCGAAGUCACCAAUGUUGUUCUCUACGACAAGGAGCCUGAGGGUGUGGUCAGUGUUCGGUUCGCUGAUCCCGAAUCUGCCCGGCAAUGCGUGAAAGUCAUGGACGGUCGGUUCUUUGGUGGCACCCGCGUCGAGGCCUACGUGUCUGAGGGACGAGAAAAGUUCAAGAAGACUAAUGAGCGACGUGCGGCACUUGAGGAGAUGGCCGAGCGUGGUACAAUUCAUGAUGUAGAUGAGGAAGAGGAGCAGCGCCUGGACGAGUUCGGGAACUGGUUGGAGGAGCAGAAAGGAAAGCCCAGUGAAAAUACUGAGCCAGAAUAG